UUACACUCCGAAAAUUGGUGUUUAAAACUUUUCGGUAAAUACAUUUAUUCUGCUUCUUCAAACGGCUGUGAAAGAUGUAUCAGGUGGAAUCUAAAUCUGUCUUUUGAUUGGUCGGAAGAGGAACUCUCCCUUUUUUUAUUCAGUCUCAUUCGUAAGAGAAGCCAAUCGUUUUUUCGUUCUGAAAAUCACAUCCUUUGGAUAUAUAUUUCAUGCUUGAAGCCACAUCCGUAACGGAAACUAGAAUCUAAUGUGAAUGAUUAGACUUUUUGUCUCGUUUGACGCAAUGAAGGUUUCGUUGUCCCUUGAUCCACACCCUCGAGAUACUGUCAUUAAGUCUUCAUGUAUUGGCAUCACUGAUGCUUCUUUCCAGAUGGUUUCUCCAAUGACUAAUUUGCAAUAGUCAAAGUCGGAAAAGAGUGCUUUUAAGCCGGUGCAUGUUCUUGAAAUGAUUCUUUAAACUUUGGUAAGACCACAAUCAAAAACUGAAGAGGUUCUGUGCUCAAACAAUGUUUAUCUUCGCAUCGAUAUUAUUGGUCGUUUACUCAAUGUUUACUCGAAAAAAUACCUACCGUUCAGCAUCAGUAAUUUAGUGAAUUUGAAAUGAAAAUCUCGUUAAAUACUGUCUCUUCUGAUUCAGUUACUUAUGUCAGUUCUGCUUCAGUGUGUAUAUAGAAUAUAUUACAGUUGGUCGUCAGUUACGUCUGCUCUCGUGUCUCUAUGAUAUGGGUGUACUUGUUCACCACACGAUUUUGUUUUUAAGUUGUUAAGUCACCGUACAUUACCCUCAUACUCAACGAUAUUGAUCGGCGAAUUAAAAAUAUAAAUGACUUAAGGACUGAUCUCGUGCUAGAGUGCAUGCAAACUUGGCACAAAUUAUCGCUCACAGAACAAAAAGCGAUUACUGCUUUAAGUUAAAACUUUCAUUGGAACAAAAAUUACAUAAUGACAGAGUAUAAACUUGUUGUUGUGGGAUCUGGAGGUGUUGGCAAGUCUGCGCUUACAAUUCAACUAAUACAAAAUCAUUUUGUGGACGAAUAUGAUCCUACUAUAGAAGACUCUUAUAGAAAACAAGUAGUUAUAGACGGAGAAACAUGCCUUUUAGAUAUAUUAGACACAGCUGGUCAAGAAGAAUACAGUGCAAUGAGAGACCAGUAUAUGAGAACUGGGGAAGGAUUUUUAUUAGUCUUUGCUGUAAAUUCAGCUAAAAGUUUCGAAGACAUAGGAACAUAUAGGGAACAAAUAAAAAGAGUUAAAGAUGCAGAGGAAGUACCGAUGGUAUUGGUAGGGAAUAAAUGUGAUCUUCAGCAGUCUUGGGCAGUAAAUAUGACACAAGCAAGAGAAGUUGCCCGUCAAUAUGGAGUGCCUUUUGUUGAAACUUCAGCUAAGACUAGAAUGGGAGUGGACGAUGCGUUUUACACAUUGGUGAGAGAAAUACGGAGAGAUAAAGAGCAUAGAGGUAAAGAAAAAAAGAAACGUAUGAAGACAGGUAAUACAAGCCGUAGGAGACAUCGGUGUUGUUUGCUUUAAAUCACCAAAUAACGUUAAUUCUCUCAUUCAAUACAUUAAUAUGGAAAUAGAUUGUAAAGAACAUCAGAUUAUAUUCACGUUCCGCACAUUUUUGCAGCUUCCUCUAUAGAAUGUUGUAAUAAAUUACAAGCACAAUUUUUUUCUAUACAUUGGGAGGGAAAAAGAACAAAAUAUGUAAUAGUAUUGUAUUAUAUUACAUUUUUACUCUUGAAGUUAAAUUUCAUAAAAUACAUUAUUUGUUUAACAGUCUGCCAUAUAACUUUUAAUAUUCCAUUAGCAGAAGAAUUUUAACCCUUGAUUGCAUAGAAUAGUCAGUAUCAAAAAACUAUUUUUUCGGCCAUACACCUGUUUUAUUAUUGAACAUGGAAAAGUAUUAUCUAAUAAAAGAAUUCUUUUGUAGUAUUAUGAGUGUAAAAAAUGUGUAAUUCAUUGAAUUUCAUAAAUUCGAUUUUCUAUAUUUUAUUCGUAUAGUUCAUAAUUUUUAAUUCAUUGAUUAAUAAAUAUGUUUUUAAUUUUUAUCUCUAUAUUUUAAUGUGCAUAAUAAAAAAAUUUCAUUUUUCUAAACAGAGAAACGUAUCAAACUCGAGAAACAAAAACGUGAAUAACUCAUUUUGUGCUGUGAUUAAAUAAUCUUAAGCAUGCCAUGUUAGUUAAAUAUUACUGUGAUUAAAUAUGCAAUUUUCAUAUAAACGCCAAUUUAGUAGUACAUAGGUUUAUUCGCGUUUCCUUUUUUAGUGCAAUUAAAACCGUAUAUUUGAGAUUUUUAUGCCUCUAGAAACUAACAAAAUAAGUCGUUAAUUUCUAUUCCAAAGUUUUUAUAUGUUUACGGUAGGGAAAGAUUGGUAGAUACGAAGUUAUUGUAUGAAUAUAAAACUCAAAAAAAGAAAACUGUAACUUAAGGAUUAUAUUGCAAAACUAAAUAAAAGUUUACAUUGAUAUUUGAAUGUCUAUAAUCACUGUCAGAUAGUAAUAAAGAAAUAUCGCAUUUUGUCACAUAUUUUUAUCUCUUCAUUUUGUCAUUUUUUAGUCGUGAUUCUAUUAUAAGAAAUGUGUAAUUUUAAAACAUUAUAAAUAUUAAUUGUAAACUUCUAUUGUAAUUAUACACUUUGAUAUUUGUUCAGACAAUAAUGCCAUCACAUUUUAACGAGAUAUGUAUCUGUAACAUGUGAAAAAUCAAUUUUUUCUACAAAAUCAGUACAAAAGUAUUUCAUGGAAUGUUUAACUCUUUGCGGUCAAAUCCCAGGAUAUUCCUGGCACGAGUAUAUGAUGAUUAUUUAGGCAAUCAAACUUAACACUGUUUAUCUUGUCGCACUAUGCACUAUUUCUAAACAUUUUGUGGAUAUAUCGGUUGGAGGAAUAGUCAUUCUUUCAGUCAGUUGAGUAUCUCGUACUUAUUAUUAUUUUU